AGACGACGGUCAGGACGUCCAAGCACAAUGUCCACCGUCGGCUCGCUCGGGUCACUCAGUUCAGCACCUCCCUCACCAGACCCAUCCCACCCCCCCACGCCGAAACGCACAUCCCUCCAUACAGCCCAAGCUUCAGAGCCCGUCGGCUCCGACAGCGAGCUUUCAGAACUCACCGACGACGACGGCGACGACGGCGACAACAGCCACUCUCGGCGAAGCACGAGCAGUAAGCCUGUGCGCCGCACCGUCAGACGCAAACGAAGCAAUAUCGUUCCGCCGGAGCCGUGGGGCUGGGCCUACAAGGGAGGCAAGAAACCCGAGGAUCCCAACGCCGAGGAAGAGGAGGAGGAGGAGGAGGAGGAACAUUCGGGCCCUCCGACCGCUAUGGAGGAAGAAGAGGAAGAGGAUCACGACGAGCGCCCAGGAUCGCGUCGGCGCGGGAUCGAGGUUGUCCGGGCCGACCCCGCGGUUGUGAACGAUGAGCUCGACCUUGCCGAAGACGACAACGAUGCGAGCUCGGACGCGUCAAAUGACGACAUGGACAUUGAUGACAAGGACAUGCGCGACGAUGCCGGCUCGCCCGACCUCACUGACGAAGACGCUAGUGACGUCGACGUCGAGGAUGAAGGGCCAAGCGGUAUCCGCACACCAGCCGACCCUCAAGAUGUCGAAUCCGAAGAGGAAGCGGAUGCAGAGGACGCUGAAGCCGAGUCCGAGGAUGACGAGCCCGACAUUGCAGAGGAAACCCAGAUCCGAGCAGCUGCCGUGUUAGCCGCUACCGUAGCGGAAGCCGACGUCGACCUCACCGCACCACCCCCGUCUGCCAUUCAGCCUGUGGUAGAAAAGGCCGCUACACUAUCUAUCAUGGCUGGUGCCUCAGCACCCACACUCGGCGUCGCGAACCCUGAAUCUCCCUCCGCAUCCACCACCUCUACACCUUCAUCAUCACGUUCCGGUAGUCCAGACCCCGCUUCUACAUCGAAAAGCCCGCGCGAAAAGCCCUCGGAGGAAGAACGAACUUCUGCGAAGGACCUCGUGAAGACGAAACCUCAAGAAGAGAAGGAAGAGCAGGUAGACGUAGACGACGCAGAGGCAGAUGAACCUGAACUCGAUCUUGAAAUGGACUUACAGCCUGCACAUCGAGCAGAGGCGCUCGAUGCGAUAGCUGUGAUAGAGCUCAAAUACGCCACGCUCCGAGAACAGCUAUACGUGGAAAAGAUGCAUGCCCUGGCAUGGGAGGAAAGCCUGGUGAAAGGAGGACAUCAUCCCGAAAUGCUUUAUCUUCACGACGAGUUGUUGAAACGACGUGAUCGGAGACUCGAACUCGCCUCACGGCGCCGCGACUAUGAAGUCGACAAUGUGGCCAGAAAGCGUAAAGCUGAUGAAGCACUUGUAUGGAGUACAUGGAAGUUUCAAAGAGAUCAGCUCCAGACCGACAUGAUUGCCGAAAACAACCGGAAAAGGAGGAAGCUGGAGAGGGAACGACGAUCCCUCGAAAGACCACAACCCCUGCGGCGCAUACCACAUCAGCCUCGCGAAGUACCGCCUGCCCCUAGCCUUCGCGAGAUUCUCCGCAAAACACCUUUCAUCUCUGCCUCCGAACAACUCAGCGCCAAGUCUUUCAGGAGCAAAAGACAUGCCUUCUCCGCACUUGAAAGUGCAAAUCCAGAAGACUUCACAUUCCCCUCUCUUGCGAGUUUACGAGUUGAGGAAGUCGCCACCGACCUCGACUUCUUGGCUCAGAAUAAGCGGCCAUUUGAGCACCAGCACUUGCAGCAUCUGCACAACCCUCGAGUUAUUGCCGGACCCAAUCAUUCUUUGGGGCCCAUGGUACCACCGAACCCAUAUGACUCCUAUGGACCUGCCUCAGGGAUGAUAGAUCCUCGCGCGUACGACGUGCACGGCAUAGGAGGACAGAAGGCGCUGCUCAACACACUGGUUCCGCUGCACGGACCUCCGGGUACACAGUACCCUCCAUAUCCUAUCCCUGGGUCUUCGAAGCAGCAUCCGCUUGCGUUCGACCAGGAUGUAGGACCUGGGCCAUUUGGGCACGCGCUUGGGCCGGGAGCGAUGAGUGGACCACCUGGCCAUCUCAGACGAUCAUCGUCACCAUCUCACGGUCGGGAUCAUGGAGUGGGCUCGUCAGCGCUACCAAAUGGCCACGUGGCAAAAUCCAACGGCUGGGCCGGGGGAAAACCGCCGACGCUCAAUGAGUGGCCGAGAGAUGCUCCGAGGGCCGAAUUCGACGAAGAACUACGAUCGCGGGAUAAGGAGGUGAUGGAACGCCAACAAGCAAAUCAGAAAGCCAAGGUCCGCGAACGGGAAAAGGAUCGCGAUAUGGAACGACAGCGAGAGGUUGAGCGACAACGAGAGCUCGAGCACGACGAACGCGAACGUCUUGUCCAGAUUCAGCAGCAGCAGCAGCAGCAAUCUCAAGCACAAUCCCAGGCGCUUCGGCAUCAACAUAUAAGCCAUUCGCUUGGUGUGGUGCAUCAGCACCCACAUCCGCACCAGCAUGUGCACGCGACUCAGUACCAACAUGUAGGACCACAUCAUCAUCAUCAUCACCAUCAUGUUCACCACCACCAUCCUCCUUCAUCUCAGCCGUCGAUCUCUGAGCCCGGCCCUGCGAUCGGGCCCGGCGUUCCGCCCCCUGCACGCGAACGCGAUAGAGACCGCUUGGUUGCCGGUUCUCAAACACGCGAACCUGAACAAGCCGCUUCCACCAGAUCCACUUGGCGCGAUCACCUUAUAUGGCGUUCGAUGAUCGUGAUUCAGGCCCCGCUGACUUCGCUCGCGAGCGUGAACGUCUUCCAACGGUCGUGCAGGACGAACGCCCAGUCUUCGCUGGUACCCAUCGGCUGA